GUUUUAGAUGGAGUGAUCACAAACCACAUUCAAAACAAGGAAUAUAUUGUGCUAUACAACGCCGAUGGGGAAUGUUUAAAYAAAAAAAUAGUUGCCAUAGCAGCAGCUGUAGAUGCCGGACUUCCUCCACCAAAACACAGCGUCUCCCCUUCCGUGGAUACAGGAAUUACAAGAAGAGAACUAGGGCCUGCUCCCCUGUCUGCCUCUGCUGUAUCCGUUGUCCCAGGAUAUCAAGGCCUUCCAAGUUUGCCUUCCACGCAUCACRACACUGCAGCUAAUACUAUCACACAAUUUUCUGGGAACAAGUCAAAUUCAGUGAAUACAAAUGAAAGACAAAGUCACCUUCAGGGAUCAACUAGUGGAUUUUACAUGCCGCCACCACCAAUUGACUCGCAAGAGGUYCAAGUAAAUUCACCCAGAAAACCAAACAAUCCACCACAGGGAACCCAAAGUAAUUUACCACAGGGAGCCCAGAAUAAUUUAAUGCAGGCAGGCCAACCAAAUCUUUUGCACGGAUCUCAAAGAAAUCUACCUCAWGGGUCAAAGAGCACCACGAUAUCACCGCAACGAAUUGGCAAUCCACAACAGGCAUCCCAAAAUGUGAACGCGGCGCCACAGGGAGCCCAAACCUUGAKUAAGCCACCUCAGACACCCCAGAACAUUGUACAACAAGUAGGGCGUCCAAGUCCAAACCCACCACAGGGRUUCCCAAGGUCGAACUAUGUUACACAAGCCACAUUUCAGAGCUCAUGGUCACCACAGACAGCCCAAAACUUGUCAAAUACACCACUCGUACCACAGGCUGUUAAUAGCACCAACACGGCUACAGUAAGUCCUGAUAGGAAAGCUCCACAACCAGCAACUCUGACGAGUCUAAGCCAAGGYACUGUGGCAAAUCACCCUAACACAAAACAACCAACACAAAUAUUUCACUCCAAUGUUUCGUCGCCAAAAGAAACAGAAAAGCACGAAAUUGUACAAAACRACGAAUGGCAAAAAGAAAGAGAAGCGCUUCUGACAAAGCGAAGGGAACAAGAAGAAUGCAUAGAAACACUGAAAAAGCCAGUAGCACAAAAGCAGUCCUCUCAGAACCUUCAAGAUCUGAAGGAAAAACUUGCAAAGCAAGUCAGAAUAAAAGAACUCGAAAACCAAGUCCUYAAAUUAAAGAAAGAAAUCGAGACGUUAGAAAGUGAAAAGGCGAACUUGCAGUUCCAUUUAUUGGAUAAUUAACUAAAUCGUGUCUUAGAAACUCCCGGCAAAUCUAAAAAGGAUGAGUGGAUCCGGGGGAUGUUGGACCCCCCUUCAGGUGACUUUGCAUCUAUUUUCGGUCUCUGGUGUAUAACUAUACUUUCUCUUKUGGCCUUUCUUGCUCUACUAUGCCUCAUCCCCGCGCCUUCCUUGACCUCACUAGAAAAUAUACUAAAACCGUUGGAGUCUUAUGUUAUGUUUUAGAUAAUUGUUUUAAAUAAUAAAAAUUUAACUAUGCUAUUC